AUGACUAUUGAAUCAACUAAUAACUUUGUUGUCCCAGCUGGUACUAAACAAAUUGAUAUUAAUCCAUUAGGUUCAACAAAAUUAUUUCAACCAAUCAAAAUUGGUAAAAACAUUUUACCCCAUCGUAUUGUUCAUGCACCAACUACAAGAUUUAGAGCUGCUAAAAACCAUACACCAAGUGAUUUACAAUUACAACAUUAUAAAACCCAUUCACAAUAUCCUGGGACAUUAAUUAUUACUGAAGCAACUUUUACAUCGGAACAAGGUGGUAUGGAUUUACAUGUUCCAGGAAUUUACAAUGAUGUUCAAACUAAAAGUUGGAAAAAAAUUAAUGAUGAAAUUCAUGCCAAUAAAUGUUUUAGUUCAAUUCAAUUAUGGUAUUUAGGAAGAGUUGCCAAUCCAAAAGAUUUAAAAGAUGCUGGAUUACCUCUUAUUGGACCAUCAACAGUUUAUUGGAAUGAAGAAAGUGAAAAAUUGGCUAAAGAAGUUGGCAAUGAAUUACGAGCAUUAACUGAAGAAGAAAUUGAUCAUAUUGUUGAAAUUGAAUAUCCAAAUGCUGCCAAACGUGCUAUUGAAGCAGGAUUUGAUUAUAUUGAAAUUCAUAGUGCUCCAGGUUAUUUUUUGGAUCAAUUUUUAAACCCUGCUUCUAACAAAAGAACUGAUAAAUAUGGUGGUAGUAUUGAAAAUCGUGCUCGAUUAUUAUUAAGAGUGGUUGAUAAAUUGAUUGAUAUAGUUGGUGCUGAUAAAUUAGCGGUUCGUUUAGCUCCAUGGUCAUCAUUUUUAGGUAUGGAAAUUGAAGGUGAAGAAAUCCAUUCAUAUAUUUUACAACAAUUACAACAACGAACUGAUAAUAAAGGUCAACAAUUAGCUUAUAUAUCCCUUAUUGAACCUCGUGUUAUUGGGAUUUUUAAUGCUUCAUUAAAAGAUCAAAAAGGUCGUAGUAAUGAAUUUGCUUAUAAAUUUUGGAAAGGAAAUAUUCUUCGUGCUGGUAAUUAUACUUAUGAUGCUCCAAAUUUUAAAACUUUAAUUAAUGAUUUAGAUAAUGAUCGUACUAUUAUUGGAUUUUCAAGAUUUUUCACUUCAAAUCCUGAUUUAGUAGAAAAAUUGAAAUUAGGUAAAUCAUUGAAUUAUUAUAAUCGUGAAGAAUUUUACAAGUAUUAUAAUUAUGGUUAUAAUUCUUAUGAUGAAUCGGAAAAGCAAGUCAUUGGUAAACCAUUGGCAUAG